GCUUUUCCCACGGGGUGGCGUCUGGAGCGAAAGGGACGGAGGCGGCGGAGGAGAUUGCAGUCGCAACGGGACAGCCGAGCCGGACAGCGGCUCAUCGGCGGCGGACUGAGACAAGAGAGAGAUGCUCGGGGCGCCCAGCGGCCAGCCGCCAGGCAGCAGGUCGGGCUUCACCCCGGAGUAGCGCUUGGGCUCUCUCUGGCCGGCCCUCCUGAUCCGGAUUGGCUUCCCACGCUGCUCCGGAUUACACGGAGCUAUGUAAGCGCGCCAGCCUCGGGCGGGGAGGGGGGCGCCAGGCCGGGGACCCCUGAUUGGGCGCUCCCGAGGCUGGGGGGGGGUCCCCUCCUUGCCAUGCCAGGCUGUGCCAACCCGGCGCUCCGACGGACGGUGUGCUGAGCAGAGGUCGCUUCCGACAAGGGUGCUCAGGCUGGGUGGGUUUGGGCGCGUCCCACCACCCACGCCGCCGUCGCCAAGAGGGUCGCAGCGGGAGGCACCCCCUUUUUCUCCUCCGCCAUGGGCACCGUGCUGUCCCUCUCUCCCGGCGGCGGGGGCAAAUCCAGCCUGCCCGAGGAGGGGUCCGCCAGCUCGUUGGCCCACUACCCGCUACCGAAGGGCAGCGGGCAGAAGGCGGACAAGACCCUCAAGAGACCCUCCAUGUUUAUCCCGGCGCUGACCUGGAAGAGGCUGGUGGCCUCCACCAAGAAGCGGGGUUCCCGGGCCAAAGGCGCGGCCCUCCCUGGCAAGAACUUCCCGGCGGGCAAGGAGGUGGCCCACCUCAACCACGAGAACAUCCAGAAGUCGCUCUCCUGUGCCAAUCUAGCCGGCUACGAGGAGGGCGGGCAGCCGUUGGUGCCGCUGAGUAGCAAGGGCCUCGCCGCCACCCGAGGCCCGGCCGGCUCCUCGCUGAAGCCCGGCGGGCUGGUGGGCAGCGCCUCGUCGCCCCGGCGCGUGAUCGUCCAGGCGUCCACCAGCGAGCUGCUGAAAUGUCUCGGCGAGUUCCUCUGCCGGCGGUGUUACCGCCUGAAGCACCUCUCGCCCACGGAGCCGAUCCUGUGGCUUCGCAGCGUGGACCGCUCCCUGCUGCUGCAAGGCUGGCAAGACCAGGCCUUCGUCACGCCGGCCAACGUGGUCUUCGUCUACCUGCUGUGCCGGGAGAUGAUCGACGGGGACCUGGUGGGCAACGAGCACGACCUGCAGGCCUCCCUACUCACCUGUCUCUACCUGUCCUACUCCUACAUGGGCAACGAGAUCUCCUACCCGCUGAAGCCCUUCCUGGUGGAGGCCACCAAGGACGUCUUCUGGAACCGUUGCCUGCACAUCAUCCACGCCAUGAGCGCCAAAAUGCUGCGGAUCAACGCCGACCCGCACUACUUCACGCAGGUGUUUGCCGACCUCAAAAACGAAGGCAACGCGACGGCCCCCGAGGACUUUGCCCGGGUCUUGGACCGGUGACUGACGCCUCUCCCCAUCUUCAAAUUUUUUUCGGGGGGGGGAGGACAGGGGGCUCCCGGGAAAUCGGUUUGGAAUGGCGAAUCCCGGCUAUUCCUGCACACCGAGAGUCUGUGCAGGGCGACGGGAGUCUAUAAGUCGCUCCGAUGUCGGGGAGAGGACGGACGUCGUAGGGAUACCGCUGCGCGAUGAAUGUCAUGUUCCCACCCCUUUUAGCUAACGGGGAGGGGACGAGGACCCUGAACGGGUGUGUUUGUGUGUGUGUGUGUGUGUCUGUAUUUGUGUUGUCUUCUGAAAAGCCCUUAAUACAGGUACUCCUCGAUGUACGACGUACGACGUACGACCUACGAGACAUUUCUGAAGCGAAUUCUACUCCGUUUCCUGCCCUUCCUUCUCGCAGCCGUUCAGCCGAUCGCCGCAGCUGUUCGGUUAGGGAGACGGUCGUUAAGCGAAUCAGUGACUUUGCUUGCCAAGAAGUUGCCCAAAAAAGGGGACCGGGUCUCACACACACACACACACCGGGACGUCACCGCCGUCAUCAAGACGAACCCAGUUGCCAAGGGUCUGCGACUCUGGGGAUGCUGCAGUGGUUGUCGGUGUGAAAAACGGUCGCAAGGGCUGCUCAGUCACUAAGUGAAUGCGGCAGUCGCUAAGCGGAUCCACCUUAGCCAACGAACGUUUUUUGUCGGAAUGUAGAAGUGACCCUUGAAAUGGGCCAAAAUAUAUGUCGAAAAUCACAACAUUUGUGAGAUUUGUGAUUGUGUGAGUUUGGGGGGUCAAAAUUGGGCCAUGUGUACCCUUUGGGGGGGUGCGUCGUAAUGUGGAACGGUUGCUAGG